AUGGCUCCCGCUCGGCAUCAGAGACAUAAAAUUGGAGCCAGUCGGCGAAGGAGAGAAGAUGAUGGUGAGGAUGAGGGCUCUACAGCAGGAGAUUUUGAGGAUGACUCGAUGAGUGAGGGCUCGUUACCGAGCCAUCUGGGCGAUGAUGAUGAUGCCGACGGCGAGGGCAGUGAUCUCAGUGAAGAUGAUGACGCAGUCGAUAGGAGGAACGGACACAAGCGUGCGGAUGGUCAUGGAGAGCAGGAGAAGUUGAGCGUUCCGCUCAAGCCGACACUGACGGCGACAGUGUCCGACACAGAAGCGAUGAUGAACGGGCUAAGAGUGUCCGAGUCGGCAGGAGAGGUGACAGAAGAGAUACAGUUCGAUCAGUUGAAUAAACCAGAAGACAAGAUUGGGAGGGCGCCAUCCGCACCGCCGGCUGAAUCGAGGCGGGAGACGUUUGCUGAACGAAAACGACGAGAGCAUGAGGAAUACAUCCGAGCCAGGGAUGAUGAUCCUGCUUUUGUUCCGACGCGGGGAGGAUUUUUCUUGCACGACAAGAGGUCUACGGAUGUGUCAGCAAAUGGGCAUCGGUCCCAUGUCAACAGGUCCAAGUCGCGGCCGUAUGGACUGAUUGUGGAUGGGAACGUCGGACGACGCCAAAAGCCCGAUGCUAGUGAUGGACAAUGGACGCACGAUCUACAUGAGACGGUUGUCCGCGAUAAUGGACAGGCCUUUACACCUCCUUCCUAUUCUCAUUAUAACAACAACAACAACAAUGCGAGGUUCACAAAUGGGUCAGCCGCUGUGUCUCUUGCUCCUCGAUCUUCACCGCCAAAUCGCUCAUUUUCCACAACGUUGAUAAUUGGAAAUGUGCCUGUUCGGGUGUUUCUCCCAGGCAUGGAAACCCCAGUGUCGUUCGCUGCAGUUCGCAAGCGCCAGCAUACUCGCUUACCACAACACCGCCCUCCGUUGCGACGGGACAAGCCUGUGCGGAUCUCAUUGCCAGGUGCAGCACCUAAAUACGUUCUACCUGCACCAGAGCGCUCAUUCAUCUUCAUACCCCGUGCACUACGACCAAACCAACAAUCUUACCGAGGACGUGGACGUGGCGGAGGAUACUAUAGUGGCCGAAGACCCAGCCUUUAUCCAGGUUCAACUUACUCGCCCAGCUUAUCUAUGAGCCGCAGGUCGUCGGUCCGAGAAGGUAUGCAUUCACCGGCAGGCUCGGUGCUAUCAAGACAGACCAUUGUGACUGGCGAUAAGAAGCCGAUUGUUCGUCUUCCACCGGUCGUGCGCCCACCUGGACCUCCCAUCACUGGUGCGGUUGUAACAGGCGUUCCACCGCUUCCUGUCUUACCGCUCAACACAGCAUACCGGGAAAGCCGGGGGCCGAUCACUAUGCACCAGCCUCGACCGCAGAAAACGGUGUCUGUGGCUGAUAUCGAGAGUCCUGCAAGCUUCAAUUUCAACCUGCCCCAACCACAACUUGAACAGCCGUUCCACCAGCAAGUUCUCGGCAUGGUGGCAGCUCCAGGCUAUGGAGCAGAUGGAGCAUAUAUGCACGGACGCCAUCCGUCCCACCCCAGUCAACCGUCGAGCACGCCUCUUUCGCAUAUCCCCGAACGUGCCAUCCAUGCGCCGCCUUUCCAGCCCUACGGAGUUCCUGCUCAGCCGGCAUACUUUGCCGGUGGCUAUCCUCCAGCGGCCGCCGUAUACUAUGCUGGCGAAUAUCCGCAUUACACACCGCCCGCUGCUACCUUUGUCCCUCCUCCGCCUCCUCCUGGUCCUCCUUCAGGGGCCCAACCAUACGUUUUCCACGCUCCGCCUCCGCCUCCGCCGCCAGCUGCUCCUCCACACACGUCUGGGGGCGAGCAAGCCCAUACGGUGGCCCACGAAGCCAAUGGCACAGUCUAUUUCUAUGAUGCGCAAGAGUUGUACCACCCUCCCAAUGCGCCGUAUCAUGGGAGUGGGGGGGUAGUCGGAAUGGGGGGCAUGAUGACGCCGCCAAGUACGACGUAUUAUUAUCCACAGUCUUCAGGGCCUGUCUAUUACACGACUCAGUGA